ACACGAUACGGGUUGUACGGAGACUCCGGAAUCGGUAAGGUGUCGUCGGGGUCUGGUUUGUGUCGCCGAAGUGGAGAGAGCACAUUUGUCUGGUUUUCCUGCUCGCUGUCACUGCUUGAGCUCUCAACUGUGGGUAGUUUGCGCUUGUCAGGCUUCCCGCGUUUACUGCGAACACGAGGAGAUGGCGAGUUCUCUUGGCUUGCGUUGUUGUCGCUGGUUGGUGACAGUGGAGGCUUCGUAGUUGAGUCCGAGGCUUUCUCCUCUUCAUGGAUGAUGUCCCUCUGGUUAUUUGACGCCUUGGACGUGCUGUGAUGUUUGAUCUCGGGCAUUUUCCAGCGGCUCUUACGCUUCGGCGAUUCACCUGCUGCAUCCGGUUUCGACGGGGUGAGUGGAUCCUUCUCAGUCGCUGCAGUAGCCUCCGCGCUCGGGUCAAUUGCUUCGUCCUGCGCUUUGGCUUCUUGCUUCUUGUCCACACGCUUGGGCUUUUCCUCGGGCUUUGGCAGCUUCAUUAGUCUACAGACAGAGAAGGAGAACACGUAAUGUAAGUCGUAAGUUUCCUACCGGUAAUCGUCAGCUGUAAGUAGAGAGAUCAGUGCGUACGCUUUCUUUGGCGAUGCGAGGGGCUUCUUCGUCGGAGACUUCGCUUCCGGCGCAUUGUCCUGGCCGAGUUGUGUUUUCCGCCUGAACGCGCGUGCUAUAGAUUUCCGAGGCGACGGUGUCUUCGCUUCGGCAGUAGCGACUGCAGCACUACCAGCUUCCUUGGCUUCAUCGCUAACAGGAGCUGAUGCUGUCGGGUCGCCCAAAGCAAACGGAUCGGUCGGCGUCUUCUCCUUCUGCUUGGCCUUGUCUUUCUUCUUCUCUGUCGGUUCCUUUGGGGGCUUGGGCGUUGGUUUAGGCUUCGGCUUGGGCUCCUUCUUCUUCUUCGACUCGGGAGACUUCACUGCUGAGCUUCCAGCUCCUGCGGCAUCCGGCGCAUCAAAGCUGCAAGACUCGAAGUUACGAGUCGAAUAGCAAGCUCAACACCAGUCAACGAGCACGUACCCGCCUGCUCCGGCUCCGCUUGGCUGAGCUCGCUUCUUCGGCGACGCGAGCUUCUUCAGCAUCGUGAUCCUGCCACUCGCCGCCUGUGUGUCUGCUUGGAGAAUAGGCGGCUACAAAAUCAAGAGCCGCCAGUCUGUCCAUCCAGACGUCGCCAAGCAGACCACCACCAGAACCCAGACCUCCAGCGCCAUGCACCAAAAACUUCCCGUGUAUUGAAUGAAUCCCCCAUCUCUCGGUUAUCCACGCCACACUGGUAGGGAGGAACUGUAGAACUCGCGCAGUACGUAGUAGUAGAAUGGUCCUCUUGUGUUACGAGGCCUCUAGCGGCCUCCACUCUAUCACUCUCCCUCAGAAUCCUAGUCUUUCUAUCUGCUCCCCCGCCGCCCUAGUUCUUCUUGGUGCGCAUGCGCAGCGCUUUCUUGCGCUUGCGGUGCUUGUGCUUGUUCAUUUUCUUUCGCCGCUUCUUGACCACGCUGUCCGCCAGGUAGCCGUCCAUCUGGCGCAGCAGAGAGUCCACGUCGCGGGCGCCGUCCAUGUCGCGCAGCGGCAGGUUGUCCUGCAGCGCGCUGAGCAUGCCGGGCGUGUCCCACAGGUCCUCGGAGCAGGCGAGCGCGCCCUCCUCCGCCGCGUCCUCCAUCUCCGCGUCCACGAGGGGGAACGAGCCCACCUUCCACAGGUGGGACGGGUCCGCGCGCGGGUACUUCUCGAGCCACAGCGACGCGUCCUCGGGCAUGGGGAAGGACGGCGUCUGGAACAGCGCGUCGGGCGCGCGCGUCGACAUGAAGGCGCGCCGGGCCGUCACCUGCAGCGGCUGGGCGGCGGCGCACGGGCGCAGCGCGCGCCGGGACGCGCCCAGCACGAAGCGAGCAGCAGCGCGCAACCCGGACAUGACUCUGGAUCAACGAGGUGGCGUGUUUCUCACUGAGAGACCCGGAAGAAAACGGAUGGGAGGCUGGUAGAGGCGGUUGGGCGCGGUGAGGUCGGCCAGGAAUAGAAAAUGUAUGAGAAAAGGGGUUAUGUACCCAAGCUGUUUGAAGAGGGAGACGGGAUGAGGCAGGUUUUUGUGUGGCACUGGUGUAACGCUGCGGAAGUCAGCACUUCAACUGGCCCUCUGUAUGGAAGAUCGCCGGAUCGAGUUGACUUGAGGUCAAGCAGCAUGCAGAGCGACCGAGAGCGAGUGGCGUUCCUGCGCAGGUGCUUUACCUGGGCUGACCGACGCGGCAGUGGUGAGCAUUUAUCGGCAAUUGCUGCAACGUAGUUGCUGGCAUUGCACUGCGUUGAGUGCAAGUCGUCUCACAGGUCUCCGCUAUGUGUCAACAGGGGUAUUGGAGGCGCAUGAUCUCAAGUGCGGCGUGGCGGCAGCGCUGGGCGUUCGGCCGUCCAAGGUGAGGACCGAGGACGUUAGUGGCCGUUGAACGGACUUCAAUGACUGAGUGAUAGCUAACGGGUGCUUGGUGGUCUUGCCCUGGUUUGAAGCUGCUGCUGGCGCAGAUGUUCCGGGGCUGUGGAGUUCCAGGUCAUCAACUCCGCGUCACGCAGGACGAGUUCGUGCGCGUGAUGCAGUUAAGGCUGGCCAAGACGGACUUACUGGAGGACGUGCGGAAGCUCUUCAAGGCGCUGGAUCUGCGCGCCGAGGGGUUCAUCUCGCUUCGCAGCUUCCAGCAGGUCUGGGCAAGCAGCUUCAGGGAAGCUUGAGGUGUGUCUGCAGGCGCUGACGCUGGUGUAUGUUGUGCUGCACAGGCGUGCGAGAUGGCGCUGCCCUUUGCCAACCAGGAGACACUGCUGCGUGCUUUCCGCGAAGCAGAUCGAGAUGGCGAUGGACGGGUGCGUCGCCUCCUUAUUAAAGAAGGAGGCUUGAGAAUACGGCGGUGCCUAAGAGAGAGGUCGUUGUGUUCUUAGGUGACGUACCAAGACUUUGAGCGCAUGUGUCUCCUCGCAGUGCAGGUCGACGCCAGCAAAUAACAAAUAGAUAACAGCCAGCGACCUCCCAAAGGCUUCAGGGAGGAGAAGAAGGAGUUCGUCUGCGGCGGUCGCACCUCUGCGAGUCGACCACAACCUGUGACUUGUCUCUGGCUCUUGUUGUGAGACCGAAAUCUUUGUGCAGGGGAUCGAGAUCGGCAUGGCGUCCCCCGUCAAGAGCCCGAGCGGCAGCGACGCCCAGCAGGAGGCGAUCAAGUCACGACUGUUCGCGGUGCUGCGUCGCCCCGAGAACGAGCACUGCGCCGACUGUGGAGCUGCCACGCCCAAGUAAGCUUAUGGUCCAGCCCCUCAAAACCUUAACUGAGCUUUCAGACAUUCCUCACGUUGUUUGUGCUCCUGCUAACGUAGGUGGGCGACCGUGACGCAUGGAGGCUUCAUUUGCACGCAAUGCGCUGGAGUUCACCGCUCUCUUGGAGUCCACGUGUCCUUCGUACUCAGUGUCAUGCUGGACAAGUGGACGGACGAGCAGGUUAACGCCAUGGACGUCGCAGGCAACACCAACCUGAAUAAACAGCUCGAGCGCACCCUCGCGCUGCAGCAGAAGCUCAACCAGAAGACGCCCAAGAAACCCGAAGCGCAGACGCCACGCGCCGAGCGAGAACUCUUCAUCCGAGCCAAGUACGAGGACAAACUCUUCUCAGGAGGAGUCAGCAGCUCGCCACCCAAGUCUCCUUCGUCUCCCAAGCGCAGUCCGACCAAGUCGACGGCUGCCACAACGCAGGGGAUGGUCGAGUACACUGGCGUCGUGGUGAUCGACCUCAAGGAAGCAAAAGAGCUCGCGGGCAUGAACAUCACUGGCAAGUCGGACCCGUACGUGGCCUUCCGCCUGGGCGAGCAGAGUAUCAGCAGCAAGCGCGUGGACAACAGCGUCACGCCGCAGUGGAACCAGCAGCUCAUGCUCUCGUGGGACGGCACGUCGCCGCUCAAGGUCGAGCUCUACGACUACAACAAGGUGAACGCGGAUCGGCCCAUGGGGGCGUUCGCCAUCAGCGCGGAUCAGCUGGCGUCGCUGCCUGACGCGGGCGAAUCGGACGGGCCCUACGAGGACUGGUACCCGGUGAUCAUGCCGCGCGACUGGGCUACGAACUUCAGCGAGCACAUGGUCGCGGGUGCUGAAGGCGUCACCAAGGGCAUCUAUCGAGGCAUCACGGGCGUCUUAAAGGACCCGAUCAAGGGCGCGCGCGAGAACGGACUCGAGGGCUUCGCCAAGGGCGUCGGCACGGGCGUGGCCGGCGUCGUCUACCGCCCCAUCAAGGGCCUGGGCUCCAUGGUUAAGCACUCGGCUCUGUCUGUCGGCAUGGGUCGGAAACACCGCUCCAGCAGCGGAGGCAGCGAGAACGACGGCAGCUCCUCGCCCGACGGACGAGACUACGUGUCCGCAGGGUCCGUCCGGCUUGCCUUGUCGCUGCAGAAGUUCUCCUGAGCCACUCAACCGCUACAUUGCACACAGUUCAUGGUGAGGAUGAAGACAAAACGUGUAAUUUAUUCGUUCACCUUGGCUCCGUCGACGCGCACAGCCGCGCCUUGCCCUGUGGUUUACUGUCACACCUUCGUGCUGCUUAUGUUGUUUGUUCUGUCUGGGCGUAGUUGGGUUGGGUUGGGUCGGAUUUGCCUACAUGAGGGUACGGAAGUUCAACAACUCGCUCUUCACCCGGCGGAAUUGCUCGAGCAGUGUCGACGCCUCCCCGCUCUCGUCUGCGAUAGAUAGAUAGAAACACAAGCACCGGCAUGUUAGUUAAGCACUCAAAGAGGUAAGCAAACGCAGCAGCUUACUUACCCUGUGAUGUGGCGCGCAGAUCCGUGAUAAAGCCGCCGCAGAGGUCGACGAUGUUCGGGCAGCAGGCGGCAAACUCCGCGAGUUGGUCCUUGCCGGCGCGCGGGGAAAUCGCAUGCUUCUUCCAGAUAGUAAUAAUGGUCAGCAUGGACUGCAGCAGGUGCAGCGU